CUGUUGCUGAUUAUUUUCCUAUAACAGCAUGCUCCACGAGUGUUUUAUUCCUUAUAUACUUUACUUUGGUUUAAGAAUGAUUUGGGGAAACUGCAUAUUUGACUACUUUAUUGAGUGUAUUAUAAUAUAUUCUUAUAUUAACAGUCAUGAUACUGCAGGUUAAAAAUAGUAGUGUUUGUCUUGAGGAGGUUUUGAGUCCUGUUUUUUUGUUGUUGUUGUUUUGUGGAGUUUUUGCCUCAGAUCUGGCAACCCUCACUACCGCCCCAUUCAGGCUUUCAGCUAACCAGCCAGCCCGACGCAACUUUUAUCACAGCCGGUGUAUUUAUUUAUUUAUUUAUUUAUUUUAUUAUACUUUUUAUUCUGCCUUUAUUUUAGUAUCGGUUUGGGACUCGUUGGAAAUGGAUCAUAUCGCGUGUUCUUUAGGUUUGUGGCGGUUUUGAGCGUUUUUGUUCCAGAAGACAUUAGCACAGGACGUCCUGGGAAUCAAUCCCUCAGCGCCUCGCGCUUCAUUCUCAGCCUGAGAAGAGAUUUAGCAUCGCUGCUAACGCCGUGCCUGCUUUCAACACUCCACUGAGGUGGUGUGUGAUCCAGAAUGAAGCUGUGGUGAAGGUUCUACUUGUGCAUGAUGCUGGGGUUGUUCGUGCUGAUGAUGGCUGUGUUGGGGGAGAGUCUGGCCUGCUCAGGCUCGGGAAACUGCACACCGGGCAAAAAUGACUCCAAGGAGUGGUGCUAUAAGGCAAGGAUUAGCAGCACCGUGCUGCAGGGACUUCCAUUCGGAGGAGUUCCCACUGUCCUCGCCCUCGACUUCAUGUUCUUCCUGGGGCUACUUUGUGUGUUCUCUUUCCUGAGGAAAGUAGCAUGGGAUUAUGGGCGUCUGGCACUGGUCUCGGAUGCAGACAGGCAGGAUCAGCGAUACCGGCGUCUGGACGAACUAGAAUACGUGGCCUCCGCGUUGCAGACGCCAGUUGAUUCCCGUUACGAGCGCUUGACUUCGGUUUCCAGUUCCAUCGACUUCGACCAAAGAGACAGCGGUUUCUGUUCCUGGCUAACAGCCAUCUUCAGGAUCAAAGAUGAUGAGAUCAGGGAGAAAUGUGGUGAGGACGCAGUGCACUACCUCUCAUUCCAGCGCCACAUCAUCGGUCUGCUGGUGGUGGUAGGCGUGCUGUCCGUGGGCAUUAUCCUGCCAGUCAACUUCUCAGGAGACCUUCAGGAUCAUAGUGCAUAUAGUUUUGGGAGAACAACAAUAGCUAACUUGAACUCUGGGAAUAACCUGCUAUGGCUGCACACUAUCUUUGCAUUCCUUUACCUGCUACUGACCGUCUACAGCAUGAGGCGACACACCUCCAAGAUGCACUACAAGGAAGAUGAUUUGGUGAAACGCACUUUAUUCGUUCAUGGCAUCAACAGAUAUGCAGAAGAGAGUCAGAUAAAGCUGCACUUUGAGCAAGCAUAUGAAAACUGCGUUGUGCUGGAAGCUCGCAUUUGUUAUGACGUGGCCAAACUCAUGUCUCUGGACUCAGAAAGGAGGAAGACGGAACGCAGCAAGAAGUUCUACACUGACCUGUACAACAAGGAACACGUGCAUACUAUGAUCAACCCCAAACCAUGUGGCCACCUGUGCUGCUGCGUCAUAAAGGGCUGUGAGCAGGUGGAAGCAAUGACCUACUACACUGAUCUGGAGGCCAGGCUGAGAGAGGAAUAUAAGAAGGAGAGAGAGAAGGUCACCACUAAGCCUCUGGACAUGGCUUUUGUCACCUUCCAGAGUGAAGCCAUAACUGCAGUUAUUCUUAAAGACUUUAACGCGUGCAAGUUUCAUGGCUGUCACUGUCAGCGCGAGCCCAAAUCCUCACCCUUCAGCAGCAUCCUACAUACACACAACUGGUCAGUCACCUACGCUCCUGACCCACAGAAUGUCUACUGGGAGCACUUGUCAAUAGGCGGCGCAUCCUGGUGGCUCCGCUGCCUAGUUAUCAACUGUUGCCUCUUCCUCCUGCUCUUCUUUCUCACCACUCCUGCCAUCAUCAUAUCUACCAUGGACAAGUUUAACGUUACAAAACCUGUGGAGUACCUGAAUAAUCCCAUAAUCACCCAGUUCUUCCCCACUCUGCUGUUGUGGAGCUUCUCGGCCCUGCUGCCCACCAUCGUGUACUACUCUGCUUUUUUUGAGGCACACUGGACACGUUCUGGGGAGAACAGAACCACUAUGCACAAGUGUUACACCUUCCUCAUCUUUAUGGUCCUGCUGCUGCCAUCUCUGGGCCUCAGCAGUUUGGAUGUGUUUUUUCGCUGGCUUUUUGACAAGAUGUUCCUAUCUAAUGCUACAGUGAGAUUCGAAUGUGUAUUUCUUCCGGACAAUGGGGCUUUUUUUGUUAACUAUGUCAUUGCCUCAGCCUUCAUUGGUAAUGCUAUGGACCUAUUGCGCAUUCCGGGUCUGCUCAUGUACAUGAUUCGUCUGUGCUUGGCUCGCUCUGCAGCCGAGAGACGCAAUGUAAAGAAGCAUCAAGCGUACGAGUUCCAGUUCGGGGCAGCGUAUGCCUGGUUGAUGAACGUCUUCACUGUAGUCAUGACCUACAGCAUCACCUGUCCGAUCAUUGUUCCUUUCGGCUUAAUGUACAUGUUGUUAAAGCACCUCGUGGACAGGUAUAAUAUGUACUACGCCUACUUGCCGUCCAAACUGGAUAAGAAGAUCCACUCUGGAGCUGUGAACCAGGUGGUGGCUGCGCCCAUCCUGUGCCUCUUCUGGUUGCUUUUCUUCUCCACUGUACGCAUAGGGUUCCUCACUGCCACCUCAAUGUUCACAUUUGUGGUUCUGAUAAUCACCAUCAUAAUUUGCGUCUCUCACGUUGUUUUCGGACAUUUUAAGUACCUAAGCGCACACAAUUACAAAAUUGACUCGCAGGAAGUGGAUGGGGUAGAGAACGGACAGCCGCCUGGCACCUCCCCACCCACCAAAUCUGCGAGGUACAUCGCACAGGUUCUACAGGAGCAGGGCCCAGAGGAGUCAGUCUCCGGGAGUGGUGAGGAAUACGGCCAGGGUUCCCCGCAGGAUGACGAGCUCAUGGCACCGGGCUCAGUUGUCAAUGAGGGGGAUUUCCAGUCAGGAGAGGACAGUCUCAUCGACAACGAGGUGCACCAGUGAGGCACACUACGUUCAGUAAAUAGAGCUAGACAGACUAUAAUUAGAUCAAAAGCAAACACACUGUACUGAGAUCGGAUAAAGCUGUGCUUCAGGACCCUUGUGUUGUCCGGACCAGGGGGAUCACACUCUGGAUACGUUUCUUCCUUUGGGCUUGGAGGGCAGCUAGCAAACACUAACAAGGCUCGACCAUUUCCUUUCUUACUUGACAUGGAAAAAAGCCACUUGUGCUACUACACACUAACUUAAAUCUAAUUGAGUUCACCGAGUCACUCAUGCUGCUUCAUGACUGCUUGUUCACAUCAUGUACGACUGGCUCUCUAUCGCCUGCAUCACCAUUGGCUGGAGGAAUCUGUUGUGAUUGCAAAUCCAUUUUGCUUUGGGAGAAAUCCUUUUGAUCAUGGUAUUUGUGCAUUAUGCACCUAUUUUGUGUUACUAGUCUGAAGUUUGUAAUCAGUAGGUUCAUGGGUUCAGAAACGUAAACUGUUCUCUGAAAGUGAGUAUUUACCUGGACACACUCCAACUUGCUAUCUAUGGAAAUGCAGGGUUAUCGUUUUUCGUUCUCUGUUAAAAAAAUAAAUAAAACCUGUGUCAGUUUUGCAGUCUUGAGCCAAACUGUUAAUGUUACGACUGUUCUUUGUGGCUUCAGCUGUGACUGAACACACUGGGGGGGGUACUUUGCUUCCAUGCAGGGUUUUACAGCUGACCUAAACACAGCUGCUGUAAUAGUCUCAUUCAUAAUGGGAUUUACUGACUACUUUAUUAAACAGACUGGGGGGUUAUAACUGUGAUCUAGAUGCCUUUACUACCUGAUUGUAACGUGAUCUCGUGAACUCUUGAUUUUGGUGGAUGUUCUCAAAGACAGACCGUAUAGGGUCGUCACUUCCUUGCACGUUCUAGCAUGAGUUGUGUAUUCGACUUUUUUUUUUUUUCUCUUUCUUCUUUUUUUGGAGAGGAUGGGAUACUUUUGUUAAAAAGGAUACUGAAUGUAUAUGUAAUUGUUUUGUUGCUACUGUAAGGACGCAGCAUCAUCAGAUCCUAUAAUUCUGCCAUAAAUUCUAAACAACGUAGCAAUCAACAUAGUCGAUCACUGAAUGCAUUUUUUAUUUUUUUUUAUGUCCCGCGACAAAAAAUGGAACGAGCAAAACUUUAAAUGCGGGGAUAGUCUGUCGUUGACGUCUUUUUUUGUGGAUUUCACCGUGUGUCCAACCUGCUUUCUUUAUAGAAGCAGCUGAAUGGGACAUAAGAGCUGUUGUGGGACAUAAGAGCGAUAAAGAGAAAGUGAGUGCGAGUGUAUCAGUGUAAAAUCACAUGCCAUAUCAACAGGCCCUGGUUGGUACUGAAAAAAAUGACUACUGAAUUAAUCGUCCAUGCAUUUUAAUUGUUUACAUGAAAUCACUGUCAAAUGUUUGGCCUGCCAUAUUCUGUCAUGAAACCAUGGUGAGUAAUUUGUGAGCCUAUGACUACAGAUUAGGAGGAGAAGCGAUGCACAUUUCUUUUUUGUUUUUCUGUACUUGAAAAAUGAUGUAAAUCUUUUAAUCUCACUAAUUUAUGAAUGGCAGUGAUGCUCCUACUCAUGUUUCAAUAGCAAUGAUGCUGCUCCUCGUGUUACUUUAAACAUGAAUCAUGGUGAUAAGAAAACGCUCAUGAUGAUGCAGCAUUUCCAUUAAUCCUUGACUUAAGGAAAUCCUUGUGUGUAUCUGAUUAAUUUGUAACUCUGGGGGUGUUUGAUCCUGUAGAUGAUGAUUUAAAAUGAUGAAAUAUGACCUGGAGGCUGCACUUUAUGCACACAACUCUUGUCAAUGUUUCUGCUUGUUUCUGAGAUUUUAUUUAUUUCAUUUGCUACAGUUUCUCAUUGGAACAGGAGGAUCUGACUAAAGUGGAGCUGUUGGAACGAGUGUGUGUGUGUGAGUGUGUGUGUGUGAGUGUGUGUGUGAGUGUGUGUGUGAGUGUGUGUGUGAGUGAGUGUGUGUGUGAGUGUGUGUGUGAGUGUGUGAGUGUGUGUGUGAGUGUGUGUGUGAGUGAGUGUGUGUGUGAGUGUGUGUGUGAGUGUGUGUGUGAGUGUGUGUGUGAGUGUGUAUGUGAGUGUGUAUGUGAGUGUGUAUGUGAGUGUGUGUGUGAGUGUGUGUGUGAGUGUGUGUGUGAGUGUGUGUGUGAGUGUGUGUGUGAGUGUGUGUGUGUGUGUGUGUGUGUGGUUUGUCACUGCACUGCUCUCAUGAACACUAAACUGUGGCAUUUAAGAGCAUGUAUACAGCUCAAACAUGUACUGUCAAUCAAGACGUCGGUUUUUGGGUUGUUUUUUUUCCUCUCAAGAACACUAAGCAUCCAUUUUAUUGUGACAGCUAUGGAAUGCAAACAGUCUCAAACUUUUCUAUUGUAGCUUCCUCAGAAAUCUUUUUUUAUAAUGUCCACCUCAGAGCCUUCCAUGUCUUUAAACAAUAAAUUCAGCCUUUACUGCUAAAACUUGAGUCAACAUUCCUUUAACAAAUUUGUAAGCCUCCACUUGAAUGGAGAUACAGAAAGGUUUUUCGUUAAAGAUGCACCGAUACUAAAUUUCUCAGCCGAUACCAAUGACCGAUUAUUCAGAGUGAUAUCGGCCGUUACCGAUAGUUCUGCCUUUUAUACCUUCUUUUAAAUUAAUGGUAAUUCCACAAUUCUGAAAAAAAUGCAAAUAAAAGCUUUAUUCUCUCCAUUUCAGCAAGUUGUUUCACAGUAACUGGUCUCAUAAA